UUUAACUGCAGAAGUUCAGUUUCUGCAGAAAAAUAUAUUGAUACAAAUAACAUUGAUAUUCACUGGAAUUUUUAAAAACCUGUAUUUUUAGGGUAACUGGACUUUCUCCAAGAUGUCCUACCAGCAAAACCAGCAGAAGUACCAACUCUCUGCCAAGAGCCUCCCUAAAUGUCCACCCAAGUGCCCGCCUCAGGCCCCUCAGGCUCCGGCCUCAGGCCCAGCUCCCUGCCCCUCUCCAGCCCCAGCCUCCUCCAGCUGUCCUCCCACCUGCUGCGUUUCUGGGUUUGGGGGCCACGGCUGCUGUCUCGGGUCUCACCGGUUUCCACGGCUUCCAGGAGUCUACCUGCCCGGGCCCCAGAACUCUGACUGCUGUGCGAAUGAGUCCUCUGGAUGUUCCAGCGGCUGCCACGGCUCUGGGGGCUGCAGUUGACCUGCGACCUUUGAGGAGCUGAGAAACCACAGCCAAGGACCAGCCUGAAAGACGGAUGCCUUGGCUCACUCUUGUGCUGCUUCCUCCCUCUCCUCCUGAACUGGCUGUGCAGGCGAUCUGCUCUUCCUCUUGCUGAGAACCUCGACCCUCCUGGCUGUGGUACUCCAUCAAGGAGACCUGAAAGCAAGGGGAAACUCUGCUCCCCAAGCCUUCUCAGUGCAGAAAUAAAGCUCUGCUCCCCU